AUGUCGAAAUAUACAGAUAAGGCCAAGACCAAAUGGAACGACCAUAAGCCCGGUCAGGGCAAGAUGCGCGGCCAGGUGCGAGGCCAGGUCGUACGUACUCACUCUCCCUCGGGGCUAAAGACCAACCUGGUUCACCGCAACAAGUCCAACGACUCGUCCAACAACGACCACGUCUCCGUUCCCCUCUCCCAGCUCAAGGACCCGUCCGCCUUCGCCCCCCCUCCUCGUCGCACCAGCUCCGGCCUCGCACCGCCGCCACCCCAAACCAAAGAAAAACGCAGCGUCGUUACCUCACCCUCAAACUAUCAAGAUCCCAGAGCUCUCAACCCGGCGCCUCCACCAAGAGGGGGCAGUGCCCAGCAACUGGAGGAGGAGGAGGGCGAGGCCGCUCCAAGAGGUCCUUACCGGGCCAAUACGACAGGUCUUUCGACAAAUCACCUACCCCCGCCGCCGGGACGGAGAGACGGCGCUGAUGGGAGGAGCCCACCGUCCUAUGACACCGCCCUGACCCAUCCCCAACAACCUCCGAGGCCCGCACAGCAGCCAAGCCUCCCCCCGCGCCUACCGGCAAGAACGAACGUUGGCACGCCUCCUGCAACGCCCUCGGGAGCCAGCAGCCAUGGGGCAGACGACGGCUACCUGAACCAAAACGCCGUGAACCGGUUGGGCGCCGCUGGCGUCUCGGUGGCUGCCCUCGGCAUAGGGCGAUCCGCCGCCUCCCCAGGCCCUCCGCCUCCGCCUCCUCGCCAGGACUCCAGCGGGAGCGUCAACCAGCUCAAUGAGCUCCAGAACCGCUUCAGCAAGAUGAACAGUCGGAACAGCCCAUCUCCCGGGCCCACUGCUUCUGCACCCGUGCCCCUGCCUCAAAGGUUCGGUGCGGCGUCGCAGAGCCCCGUACAGCGUGCAAACGACUCGCCUUCCCCGGGGCUUGCUGGGAAGAAGAAGCCCCCGCCGCCCCCUCCGCCAAAGAAGAAAGUGGGAUUAGGGGGAGGCUCGGAGGCUGCGCCGGUUCCUUCUCGUGCACCUGCACCUCCUGCUGAUGAUGGAGAUGCGCCGCCACCGAUCCCCCUAUCGACGAAGCCUCGGUUUUAG